AGAUCAAUGAAGUAAAAGAAGUAUGAGGGCUCCCAAACUUGUUUUUUUACUUCUUGCGAUUUUCUACUCAUCAGACGCGUUCUGUGGGCUGGACAAAUUCGAAUGUAGUGAUGAUAAAAGUUGCAAGGGAAGAGAAGUGCAGUGUGAUGGACAUAAUGACUGUGAAGAUGGUAGUGAUGAAGCAGAAUGUACACAAAUACAGCAAUGUGAGGUUGAGAAACUAUCGUGUGAAGCUACUGUUAAUAAUGAGGUGAUAAAUAAAUGUUACGAUACAAAAAAUGACAUUUGCAAAGCUGGUGGCUUCAAUGCUCUGUGUGACAAUCACGAGGACGUACAGCACUGUCGUUGCAACCCUAAUGAAGGACAAGACAAGCCGAUACGAUGCCCUACAACUGGUAAAUGUGUCAAAGGAAACACACUAGCGGAUUUUUGUGCUCAAUGUCCGGAUUCUGUUACAUGUAUGUCGAAGGCUGACGCUGCUAUUCAGAAAGAUUGUAGUAGAUACAAAAUAGACGGUUACUUCCAAUGUAUACCCACUGCAGAGUUUAUAGGUAGUGAAUCAUUCGAUAAAGUAUGUCUUCCUGAAGCCGCUCAAUGUGACUCAUUUAUACAGUGCCAAGGCUCCUCGGAUACCCCCGCAUUAUGUGUAGAAGCUACAAUAAAGCUAGAAAGCUCUUCCUCGCCCGCUGGAGUAUACAUUGGAGACGAUGUUGUCAAUGCAUAUGAAGUAAAGGGGAAACCUGAGCCGACCUUUAAAAUUUACCAUUACAACAAGGAGAUACUUUUAAGCAGUGAUAACACAUACUCAUACGAAGGAACUGAGAUUAGCGUUAAGAAAGAGCAAAAAAGUCUUGAAUUAUACAAAUACGAGGUCACUAUAAAAAAUAUCAAUGAAUAUUUCUAUGGAACAUAUGACGCCAUUGCUUGGAAUGUAAACAACGAACCUGUUGACCUCGGAGAUGGCAACGACGGGUCUUACCACAGGAGAGUUGUUGCGGAACAAGUAAAUGUUAAAUUCGAGGGUGUACCAACUGUGAAGAUGUUCGGACCGGACGACGAAGAGUUGAAUGGUGAUAUUGACUACACCUGGGAAACCGAUGUAUCUCUCAGUCUGAAAUGUGUUGCUACAGGCAAACCUGAACCUGAUAUUUAUUUCAUGCUGGACGGGGAAAGUUUGUACAUUAAUGACGACACAAUGGAGGUUCAAACGGAAGAGUACAAUGAGGUUGACAUGUUAAAAGUGGUUACUCUGGUUUUGAAAUCUGGCGAUAUCGUGAACACACCCGGGAGAUACAGUUGUGGUGCAAACAGUGUCAUCGGCGAAGUUGUCUCAGUUGGAGGAGUCAAAGUUGAGCUGAUAAUUCCUCCCGUAAUCACGGAGUUCACCGGCAUGGAAAACGGGUUCUUCUUCUACAGAAAUGAUGAAGAAGUUCAGAUCUCAUGUAUUAGUGAAGGAUUCCCACUCAUGUGGAACGAUCUGUACGUCGAUAACGAGAAGAUAGAAGGCGCAGAUGUGGAGGUCAAGAGAUUAGACGCGGGUGCUACCUUAUCGUACACUUACAAAAGCGACCAAAACGGUAAAAUCAAGUGUAUCGCUAAGAACAGCCCAGAAUCAGCAGACAACAAAGAAACUGAUGAAGAAGAAGUGGACAUGUACCCAGUCUUCCUGCCAACCAUCGCGGUGGAACAGGAAUCCUUCAUUUUAACUGCUGGAGAUAAUUUCAAGACCACAAUCAAAGUAGAGUUCACCGCAGAUCUUAAGUUGAUUGCCGACCAACUAACAGCGGAAGUGGUAUACGCAGACGGUAGUGCAGUAAGUGAAGCCUGGACACUGGUUAAAAAGGACGACACCGAAGGAAACAUUGUGGAGUUUGACUUAUCGGCAGCUGAUGUAGUUGGUAUCCCUAAUAUCGGGGAUUUCAAAGUGAUGGCUAGUGAUACUUUUUACAAUGCCGAGACGGGAAUAACUAUUGAUGUUCUAGUACCAAUGUCAUUUAUCAAACCUAUUGGAGAUAACUUGAAGUUGAACAAAGGUCAAGAACUGACUUUAGAAGUACAAGUAAUCGCUAAGCCUGUUCCUGUGAGCUUUGCUUGGACACUUAAUGAAACUGAGCUUGUGGAUGAUGCGGCCACUAUAUUCAUUGAGGAAUCUUUCGACGCCACAACCUACAUCACAACGUACACUCUGAGACUUGUAGAUCUAAAAGAGGAACAAACAGGAACCAUCUCUGUUGGAAUAACUCGAGGAGACGACGAAACUCUGUCCGGGUCUAUGGAGCUAGAAGUGCUAGCGCAUCCUUGCCUGUUUUUCCCUUGCAAGAACAACGCAGAAUGUCUUGAAGUAAGCAAGACAGAAUACGAGUGUGAGUGUACCGACGAUUUCUACAACGGCACUAACUGUGAAAUAAACAAUUACUGUGCUCUCCAAGACCCGUGUGAAAAUGAGUCCACCUGCGAGUCUGCCGCAUGGGAUGCUGAGGAGCCAAUUUACACAUGUCUGUGUCCGUUUGACUACGAAGGACGAAAUUGUUCAGACAAGAUCAACUUCUGUGACAGAGAUAAAGAAGGAAAUGUGGAACUCGGAGGGAUCGCUAGGUGUGACGAGGCCUCUGGUUUCGGUAAAUGUCAAGACACGGGUGUUGAACCCGAUGGUUUCGACUGUUUUUGUAAGCACAAUAAAGGCGGCAUGUACUGCGAUAUUGAACAGCUGUGUACUCCCAACUCCUGUGCUAACGAUGCAACUUGCACCGUCCAAGGAUACGGUGAGGACCGUGUCCGUGUCUGUAACUGUAACGACGGGUGGGAGGGUCAUCUCUGUGACGAGAAAACAACAGGGUACUGCUGGACAGAUUGUAAUGACCGUGCUUACUGUGAGGAAGAGGGGGUGUGUCUGUGUGACUACCCUUACUAUGGGGACACGUGCGAACUACAUAUAAGCGACGUUGCUGUGAACAUGAGAAUUGCACCCCGUGCAUAUCUGAUGGCUGAAACCUAUCCCCUAAUCGCGGAGGAGCGACUACAGAAACACGUUUUACCUCUUAAGAUAGAGCCGUCACCAACCGUGUCGUGCCGUAUCGCUAGGAUGAGCGCUGAUAAGGAUGCCACUGGUGAUCAUCUUGAUUUCGGUAUCUCGGUUACAGAGUCCGCUAUUUCUGAGACAGAGAGUGUGACUGUUGUUGCGUUUGAAGUUACUGGUCUGAUUGGAGAAGUGGCCGUGUCAGAGACUGUUGACAAGGUAAUGGUGGCAGAAAUUGUGGCAAUAUCCCUGAUGGCUGUCGCGGAUAAAUACGUAGUGUUCUCAGUUGAACAUGCUGGAGAUGGAGGAAUUGCAGCUAAAGAGAUGGAACUAGCCCUGCCAGAAUUAGCAUUCCUGAAACUUGGUGAUUUCGAGGAGGGAGUUGGGUGUGGUGUGGUGCUGAUCGGACAUGUUGAGGCAGGUGAUUACGCUGUUAACCCAGCUGCCGGUUACUCUGAGGGACGAUCUGUUGAGCAGCUUGAUGCCUGUUAUCACAAUCCCUGUAUGAAUGGAGGAGAAUGUGUUGGUGAUGAAAGUACUGGGGCCCAGUCUUGUGACUGUUCUGGCACUGGCUUCACUGGAGCUCUCUGCGAGAUUCCAGAUGACGAAUCAUGCGAUAAGGGCUGUCUGAACGGUGGCGUCUGUCAAUCUGAUUUCUGUGUCUGUGCUUUGUCAUUCCACGGAGUGUUAUGUGAAGCUAGUCACGAGGUUACUGGAACCAUGAAACUGUCCGGUGGUGCUAGCGAGGUUUCUUUCAGUCACUCUAAUAUCACCGCUGUCGAAAUCCAAGCGACGGGGCUGGCUGACGCUACAGUUGCUAGUGAUGUUUACCUGAUAACUAUCGGAGAUCAGGACAACUGUGUCAAGAUCCUGGUGUCAGACACAACAGAACUGUAUAUGAUAGUGGAGCGUGGAAAGGAGAGCGGUGCCUACGAGGGACUGGGUUCUCUUGCUGAUUACCUUGUUGAGGGUACCCUUCAAAUGUCCAUUUCUCUUGGAGAGGAUAUUCAGAUAACCAAUGCCGCUAGAGAUCCUGUAGUUUACACUGCAGAUGAGCUACCUUGUGCUGACGGUCUAGGAACUACCGACGGUCUGGCAAUUCACGGUCUGGAAGGUAUCACCUCUGACGUCACUGCCACUAUCAACGGGGAGGCUGCCACGGCAACCGGUGGCAAGGGGGUCGUCAACUCGGCUGUUUCGAACUUGUGUGACGGAGCCUGUGGUGCGGGAACGUGUGAGCAGGCGAACAACCAGAUAAAAUGUAGUGGAUGUGUAGAGGGUACCAACCUGGUCACAUGCUCUGAUGUAGUUUGUGAUGUGGAGUUGUGCGAGGGAGAAUGCACUGAUAUUGGGGAGUGCGUAUGCGAAUUGGGACAGGAAGGAGUGAAUUGUGAAACAGCCGUUACACUUGGACCUCUAUCUCUUCCUGUAACUACUUCUUCAUACUACUCGUAUGCUGAAUAUGAAACCGAAGCUUUCGAAGGCGAUGCUGCUCAACUAGAGUUCUUUGCUCAUUUGGAUGGAUCUGAGCAAAUGGGACUGUUAGCAAUGGCCGGAAACGAACGCCAAUACAUUGCUGUAAAACUUGCUAAAGACGUGAUGACGGUUGUGGCGCACUGUUCUGACCUUGUGCACGUGGAAGCAAGUGUUAGCGGAGUUGGGUAUGGUGAGUGGUUGGAGAUUUCUGUGACGUGGGCUGAUAACUUCCUCACCCUCGCUGUUAAUGGGGAUAACGACGUACAGGAAGAAGCUGGAUUAUGUAUAUUUGACAUGGGUACAACUAUAUAUCUUGGAGGUAUGCCAGAUGGCAGCGUGCCAAGUGUAAAAGCCACAUUUGCUCCAGCAACCAAUAUGAUGCCCCUUAACUCUAGACUUGCGGGUGGACAGAGUCUUGCAGUCUCUGAGAUCCACAUUUGUGACACACAAUUCGACCCAUGCAGUGUCUUAGGAACGGACACGUGUGAAAAGGAUGAUGAAGGAUACAGCUGUAUGUGCAAGGACGGAUUCAAAGGAGUACAUUGCGAAGCGCCCAAAACGCCCUGUGACACAACAGUGUGCCAAGAUAACGAGGUAUGUGUUGAAGCUGACGGUUCCUGUCUUUGUGAGUUCCCCUCCACUCGAUCAGCAGAUGAAGUGUGUCAAGGUGAACUGGGUAGUUCCACUGGUUUUAUUAUGGAGGGAGCUAUGAGUUAUGGUCACAUCGACACUGAUAAGGCUGAAGUCGCCAACAACUUUGACCUGGUGUUCCGGUUCUACCUAUCAGACUCAGCAACAGUAAACGCCACCUACGACCUUGCUACUCUAUUAUACCCGGGCGAAGACGGAACUGAGUCGCAAAUUGGUUUACAUCUUGUUGUUGGGGAGGAAGAAGUUAUUUUGCCAGUUGACGAUGAGGAUGCUGCUGAGGAAACAGAUGGAGAUGCUGAAGAGGAAACAGAUGGGGAUGCUGAAGAGGAAACAGAUGGGGAUGCCGAAGAGGUAACAGAUGGUGAUGCCGAAGAGGAAACAGAUGGGGAUGCCGAAGAGGAAACAGAUGGGGAUGCUGAAGAGGAAACAGAUGGGGAUGCUGAAGAGGAGAAAGAUGAGGAUGCUGAAGAGGAAACAGAUGGGGAUGCUGAAGAGGAAACAGAUGGGGAUGCUGAAGAGGAAACAGAUGGUGAUGCCGAAGAUGAAACAGAUGGUGAUGCCGAAAAGGAAACAGAUGAUGAUGCUGCAGAGAAAACAGAUGUGGAUGCUGAAGAGGAUCCAGCUGUGGAGAAUACAGAUGGAGAAGACAACGGCAUAACAAAAAGAGAUGCCGAAGAGCCCGCUGGUCCGCCAGCUGGGAAUGUCGAAGAGGAAACAAAUGGCGAUGCCGAAUUGGAAACAGAUGAUAAUGCCGAAGUGGAAACAAAUGAAGAUGCCGAAGAGGUAAUAGAUGGGGAUGCCGAAGAGGAAACAGGCGGGAAUACCGAAGAAGAAACAGAUGAGGAUGGCGAAGAGGAAACAAAUGGAGAUGCCGAAGAGGAAACAGAUAGAGAUGCCGAAGAGGAAACUGAGGGGGAUGCCGAAGAGGAAACAGGCGGGGAUACCGAAGAAGAAACAGAUGAGGAUGCUGAAGAGGAAACAGAUGGAGAUGCCGAAGAGGAAACAGAUGGAGAUUCCGAAGAGGAAACUGAGGGGGAUACCGAAGAAGAAACAGAUGAGGAUGCCGAAGAGGAAACAGUCACCCGUAAAACAUUCCAGAUUUCUUCUCAAUUUCUUGAAGAGGUGGUUUUACUGGAGCCCAAUCAGUGGCACGUCAUCAGAAUUCAAACGUCUGGAUUGGGAACAACUCUUGAGGUUAACGAUAAGGUUUACUCAACAACGGAGCUCGGUAUCCCUCUUGUCAAUGCUAUUCAUCUAGGUGUGGCUGGUAACCAAGCUUACAUGAGCUGUAUCGGAGACAUCACACUCAACGGACAACCAAUCACGGAGUUAGACGACGGUCUAGGUGUCAAAUCCUGUUCUGACGAAGUCAACACUGAGUACGAGAACAGGCUGGGAGUUGAGGUUUGGGCUAAGCUUGGCCUCUUGUAAGACGAUCUACCUACUUGUUAAAACUGGGACUGCUCCAACUGUAAAUUAGUCCCUCUUCAAUUUAUCUUGCAUUGGGAACCACUAGCUUUACAAUGCCUAAGGGAAUUAUUGUCCGUGUAACAGCGAAAUGAGAUAAAUUUUAUGACUGUUAAGGUGACCCUUUGUGCGGUUGUACGCAUUUUUAGAUUAAUUGACUUUAAUAAUUCGCCAGAAUGAGAAAGGGAAUAUUAAUUCAUUUUAAAAAUACUUGACCUUUGAUUCUCUUUUGCAUGGAUGAUUAAUUUAUUAACUUGCAGGCACCACAAUUGAUUUUGACUAUUAUAUAUAUAUUUUUAUUCUAUGAUUAAUCCAAUUAAUUCUAUUUCUAGCAUACUUUUUCUACGCUUUUAUUUUUAGUAACCGGUUUAGCUUAAAUUUUUCUGACGAAUAUAAUGUAAAUAUUUUAAAUCUAUUUUCAAGCUUUUUGAUUAACUUACAUUUUCUGGCUGUUCGACCUUCGGCUACUCUGCUGGAACUAUUCACUAUUACACAUUGUCGUUCUGCCAAUUAAAGAUCGUUUCUGAACGUGUAAAGUGUUUGCGACAUACUUAAAUAGUAAAUACAUAUUAUUAUUUUAUGCUAUUUGCUCUGAGAAUUCAAGCCCUUUAUGAACGAACUGUUUCAGUUUUUAUGAUUUUAUGCUUUUUAGUUUUUGUACAAUUUUUAAGUAAAACUUUAAAGUAGACUCUAAGAUUAAUUUUUUCAAUAUGCAUAUUUGUUGCUGUUACCAUACCAGUGGUACCGGUAGUUUAUUUACUACGGAUAUUCUGGCACUAGUUUUUAAACUCAGAACUGAUUCGCCGUUUUAUUGUUUAUGAAUAUUAUUUCAAAGCAAUGUAACAAAAGUCAAAAGGUCAGCAUGUUUGUAUUACAGGGA